CGUAAUUCCCCCUCCUCCGUGUUACGGAGCUCGCGCUCUCGGUGUGGACAGAUCGCGCUCUUUGUGUUUUUUUGUGUGCGCAACGUUUCCAGGAAAAACCUCCACACCUUUGAAUCUAGUUUCUUAUUUGCGCAUUACGGAGUCUCCGCGUUAUAAAAAAAGAAAAGAAAAAAAAAAAACAAAAAACAAACAAACACGUGAGCAGCGUGUUGCGCUGCGUGAAGCAGAGGCGUGCGUUUUAACCCGUGCGACCGAAGAAGCGUGAAGGGACUCGAGCGGCGUCUCCUGUGUGGGAUCUAUGUGCGCAUUAACCAUACGGAAUAUAUUCGUCUUUAUUUCGAUCAGUGGAGAUAAAUACAGAGGCUUCAUUCAUCUCUGCAUCAGACUGUACAUGCUCUGGCACGUUUGAGCAACCCAACGUGUUCGGGACAUGAACACACCGAGUCCUCGUUAGGAAAAACACCCACAACUGGCAGGGGAACUAUGUUGAAGAUAACAUAAAUUAGAAGUUAAGUGAUGGAUCAGAGGGUCGGAUUCCCGCUGCUUCUCCUCAUUCUAACAGUUUGUGGUCACGCAGCUACAGAAGGAGACCGUGACUUUAAGAUGUGUGGGAUUUGGCUUCACAACAGUGGACCUCAAACCCUGGAUGUUGAUUUAAAGCCUGGAUGUUCAGGGAUCAGCAUUUCAGCCAACGCCAGCACGCUGUCCAUCCGCGGCUCCAUUACGGCCGAGUGCGAUUUGUCUAAAGAACGAAAGCCUCUGUCUGUGAAAUCUCCUCAAGGUUCCUCCAGCUCCUUCUGUGUGAUCUGGGAGCCAUUGCUGGACCGGCUGGUGGUGGAGGUGAAUAAGGAGAACAUCACUCUCUGUAAAGCUAGAAUACUACAGACCCACUGCUGUGCCCAUCUCUCUGCUGGAACUCAGUCUGCUUCCAGUAUGUACGGGAUCCAGAACGGCAGCGUCCACGGAGAUGUUAUGAGCAACAGCGUCAUGGCUUCGUACGAGUUUAUGGGUGAAUCGAUCAACUGCAAGGAAUACUUUUGCAGUAAAAUAGCUCAGGAGUCCAGAGGAGCAAACAUGCUGGAGGAUGUGGUGAUGAGGUCAGAGCAGGUUGGGCCUGUGAUUCUGCCUUGUGGUCGCAGCACAGUCAUUGAGAUGAAUCAAGAUUUUUCUGGAAAUAAUGUUACUCUGCUUACUCCAGAUGGAACGCCCCAAGAGAUGAUCCCAUUAGUGCACUUACCUGCCUGCCUCAAACCUGCCAAAAGAAAAACUUCGAAAGUGGUGUGUAGUUUCUACAAGAACAGCACUUUCUUCCAGAAAAGUUCCCAGAAGAUUUUACAAGACGUUGUUGGGAUUUCGGUGGAAAACGAGAUCAUCAGAAAUCUCCCGGAGCCAAUCAGGAUCAAGUUUAAUCACCCGACACUCGAGAAGACACAGAAUAGAAGGUGUGUUUCUUGGGAUACAAGAAGAGAUAAGGAUAUGUUGUGGAGGGAGACGGGUUGUGUAACACUUCAGCACAGUGCGGCUGAGACUGAGUGCUGCUGUCAUCAUCUCACCUACUUCGCUAUUCUUGUGGACCUGAACCCGACGAGAAAACUGCGCCACCUGGAGGCUCUGACCUUCAUCACAGCCACCUGCUGUGCCAUAUCCAUCGUCAGCUGCGCCGUGCUCUUCGUAUCGCUCUGUAGACAGAGAAAAUUAAAGAAUCUUUCGAGUCUGGUGCACCGUGGUCUGGUUGUCGCUCUGUUCUUCCUCCUCGUGCUCUUCGUCCUCACCGGCACCGUGGCCAACGUCGCGUCCGAUAGUGUGUGUGGUUUCAUGGGCGGCCUGCUGCACUACGCACUCCUCAGCGUCCUCUGCUGGAUGGCUGUGGAAGUGAUUCACACCUUCUGGAUGAUGAACAUGGUGUUUAAACCGGCACCACAGCCAUGGAUCUGGUACCUGCUGGGUUUCGGUUUUCCAGCUGUGCCAGUGGUUAUUAUGGGAUGCAUUGGAGACAUUUAUGGCCGGAGGUCGGUGAAGUCCGACGAUGUUCUCACAGCUCCAUUUAGCAUGUGCUGGAUGACAGAAUCGCAACCGGCUCUGAAGGCUCACUUCAUCAUCAACUUGGGGCUGCUAGCGGCGGUGGUGAGCUCCGGCCUCAUCGUGCUUUUCCUGGUCUACCGGAAGAUCCGGCACCGGGACGAGUGGAGGAGAAACCGUGUGGCCUUCCUCAGCAUCUGGGGUCUCAGCUGCCUGUUUGGCUUAACCUGGGUUCUCGCUUUCUUUUCUGCUGAAUCCUCAGAAACCGUCCUCUUCCUGUUCUGCAUCAUUAACUCAUUACAAGGGUUUUUCCUCAUGUUGCGCUUCUUCGCUCUGGAGCGGAUACAGAAGAAUUCCCAGUCCAGUUCCGACUUCAGCAGCACCGGAUCCACACGGCAGCACAUGCUACAGCCUCAGUAGAAGAAGCUAGGAGGGAUGUUUGGACAUUUCUGUAAGCAUUAAUCCCUGCUGGUCAGGUCUGGGGCUGUGCACUGAAACAAAUAGAAAGAAAUUCAGACCAAAAAAAAAAGCUUCAUGGAGAUUAAGCUGAAUAUUUAACUGUAUAAACUCCAUACUUUUAUUUCGUGUUCUGAAAAACUCCACUCCAUUCUGUCAUUAGCACUUUUACUCCUUAUGAUUUGACUACUUUUCGUUGUGCCAGCUUUAGGUAUUUAGAAUAAUUAUGGAAUAAAAAGUAGAUUUUAAGCACAAAGAAGACAAAAGUUUUUUAAAUUCUUUAUUAUUUAUUGGUAAAAAAAAAGGAGGUUUCACAAAUCUGUUCAGUUUCCACAACGAGCCUCAUUUAUUGAUUAGCGUUUAUUCUUUAGCAUUUAUUGUUUAUUGCUUAUUGCUUAUUGUUUAUUGAACUGGAUACGAGAGAAUUUAAUCCAACUCAUUCACAGGAGCAGGUUUUACGCAAAUAAAGUAAAAAUUGAUGAAUGGUCUUUAAAUCGUAAAAUCGUCAACAAGUUCCUGUGAUUAAAUAUAUACGUCUUUUAUUUUAUUUGUGAUAAAUAAAUUAAAACAAUAUGACCAGCAGUUCAAUCAGGAUAAAAGUAAUAGCACUCUAUAAAAGCAAAUUUCUCUGCAUUAACGAGUGGAAAGUUUUGGCACCCGCUGCACUCAGGAGUAGUGUUUAAUCUCCACUUAGUCAUUUCUCAGCUCUGUAAAUGUGAACACUUUGUUAUGUAUUUUUGUUAACCCACGAACAUGAACUUUUAUGUAAUGAAUGUAAAUCUGGUGGGAAUUUUUAGUUUAGCUUCGACACAAAAACGUUCACACGCGUGUUUAGUGAAAGAUGAUAGAUGAUAGAUGAUGAUUAUAAUAAGUUAUAAAAAUAAGGACAAUUUUGUAAGAUCGAAUAAAAUAAAUAAUAGUAAUUAAAUAAAUAUUUUUAAGGGUACAUGACUGGUGUAUCGGUAUCACAGUGACUUCACCUUCUUGAUGGACUUCUGGAGAGUUUGUGUUUAUUCUGUCAGUUUGAUUUGCAAAAGAUUUUGUUAUAAAUCUAUUUUUUUCUUUCUUGCUCUUAUUGACCUGUCGGUAAACUGCAGCUCACACACACACAUACACACCCACACACACACACACACACACACACACACACACACACACACACACACACACACACACACACACACACACACACACAUUCUGCAUCAAACAGCACUUUUAUUUAGAGAUUUUAUUUAUGAACGUUUUCAGAAAACGAACUUCAUUUCAUGGUCAAAUUUAAAUGAAAGAUUCAAAAAAUAAAAACAAUAAUUUAGCAUUUUAUAGUUUUUAUUCCCACAGUUCAUAUGUUUUGUUUUGACUUUCUAUUAUUUGAAAAUAAAAAGCAAAAUUUUCUACCGCUUGAUUUUUUUUUUAAACUGACAAAAAAGAUGUGAAUUCAGAGCAAAUUUCAGCUUUGAAUAUAAAGGUUUCUGAGUUUUUAAAGUGAAUAUGUUUUUGUGUUUGUGUAGUUUGGAGCUGUUAUUGUGUUGUUGACUGUGAUGAUUAAAAGCUGAAGCAUUUUUUUAUACACAAAAGCGCUGUAAAUAAUAAAUUCCCUUUAUUUAAUCCA